UAGGAAACGGAUCGGAAUCUGGCGAGCCCUCGACCUUUCGCGCGAUUGAUUGAUAGUAUAGCGAGAGGAAAAAAAGAGAGAAAGACUCGGGGUGUUUUUGUGUAUGAGUGUGUCUCCGUGUAUCGGAUGAUCAGGAUUUGUGUGCAUGCACCCUCGUUCCCCUAUUCGUGUGUAGUCCUUCUGGUGGGAUGAUUCGUUCACUAUCCCUUCUGCUGUUUGCCGAGAGAUUGUGAAAAACACUGGAAAAAGUUUGACACUUCGGUUUAAUUAUCUCUGCAUCAUCCGAUGUGAAAACAGUGUUUUGAGUUACUCGGUUCCGGUUUUCCUUUUUUGAUUUGCCCCUCCUGAUCCUUGUCCCAUCCCUGGGAUAGAAAACUGAGUGGUGAAAAUUAUUGGGCUUGGGAAAAAACGAAAACAUUAUGAAGUAAAUUUAGUGCGAUCAUACCCAGUGGUGACAAAUGAUAGCUAAAAUACCAUAUCCUGAUUCCCCUUUUUCGGUCGGUCUCGCAAUGUGCUCCGUGCGGAUUAUGUCGUUGAUUCUUGUUUAUUAUGUUAUGUGUGUGCAAUGAAAAAGGACACUUCUUUAUGAUGAGUUAAUGUCCUUUGUAGUGUUGUAUAGGAAAUCCUGCAAGAAUCGUGCUAAACAUUAAAGACCUGCUCUGUUAAGUGGUGACACAUCGGUGACACAGAAGACGCCAGGAUAUGCAACAGUGGAUAUAAGUGACCAAUGGUGCUGGAAAAAACACUACUCGAGACAAGAUUUCAUCAAAAGUGCUUCGAUAAUAGCUCAGAGGAUUUCUAUUAUGGCGGCUUUUUCGCGUGAGAUAGAACAGUGCUGAAAAAGUUAAUCGAAUCGAUCAGCUGCCUCCACCGCACUCUAUCCCGAGCCGGAGAUGUAAUGGUGGCAAGACCCAAACACCAGUGGUAGUGGAUUUUCUUGGCAUAUUGUAUUUCGAAAGACGAAAAAAAGUGUUAUGUGAGAGUGACGAUUAGAAAUAGUCAAAACUGUUUGCGGUGAAAUAACGUUCUGGUAGACACUUUACAAAGUUGAAUGAAACAGAAGUUUGUGAGAAGUAAGUUCUCCUCAAAUCAGUGCUCUUUACAAUAAAAUGGUCAGCUCAACCAUCACGCUAGAUAAGAAAUCAUCGUCAUCAUCUUCAUCGUCAGCAGCAGCAGCAGCUUUAGCAGCAGCGGCACAGGCUUCCACAGAGCAGAAUAGUAACAGCAGCAUCAUUUCGAUUUCGUUAAACGCUAACGCCAGCACUAACGGCACCGCUUGCAGUGAGCCUUCCUCAUCGACGUCCGCUUUAAAUUUAAGUGAGCAGAAAAUUUCUAUUCUCUUCCCAAAAUGCAAGCCUAGGGCAGUCGAGCAUUAUCCAUCGAACACUUCUAGUUGCAGUGUUAAUAAUAACAACAGUAGUAGUAUUAAUAAUAUGAGCACAAUAAUAGCGAACAACAAGUCGGACAUUACGAGUACCUCGUCCUCGCUGACCACGCCCACGUCGCUUUCGUCGUCGUCUUACACGCUCAAUUGCAAGUCCUACGGCGGAAUGGACUCAUUUCGGGGCAAUGGUACCAAUAGUGUCUCCGGUGGCGGGGGUUCGGCAUACGAACAGUCAGGGGGUAAGACGGACAUUGGCUCACGGAUGAACAACAACAACAACCACUAUGAAAGUAACCUUUCCGGUAGACACGGUAGUGCAGUGGACAAGUAUAGCUUCUACUAUAACAACCAACCGCCGCCGCUUUCGACGUCACCAACUGAAAAUCACGUCAACACCGGUAAUAGUAGCCAGUUCCUUCCCUCAGACGAGGAAGAGGAGCAGGACCAUUUGCGGGAGAAACCCUAUAAUCGCCACAGUUAUUACACUAGUCGCCAGUCACUCUACUACAAUAAUCUUUCAAAGCAAGACCCGGGCACACCGAGUAGUUCUCGGUACCAUUGGGACGUAUCGCCUAGCAGUGCACUUACCUAUUCAACGCCUAUUUCGUCUACGGUCGCUUCUUCGGCCGUAAAGCGCUCAUCGCUCAAAUCUUCGUACGCAAAAGUUCUUCAAUCUCCGCUAGAGGACGAGAGUGACGUGGAGGAUAAGCUUAAGUACUUCAAUUAUCAAAAUGAGAUGCACAACAACAGCAAGAAUGUGGCCAAACCGGCUACGACUGUCGACAGGUCCAACCUGAUGGGUGGGAUUUACAGCAACUACAAGACCAACGAAAUGAUCGUUUUCAGCGACAUAGACGAAGAACGGCAGCGUGUUCAACAGCACCAGCAGCAGCAUCAACGUGGUGGUGAGGGUGGUGACCACAAGCACAGCACCGUUGGUGUAGGACUCUGCGUUUCCACCGUUGAUGACAGUCUGGAUGACGGGAUAACCACCAUUCACCACCACCGGCACCACCAGCAGCAGCAGCAACUGCUGCAAGAUAAUGGCGGUAAUGGCACCAACGGGAAUAACAUUUCGACCAGCAGCAAAACGGAGGAAAGCAUCGCGCACAAAACAAUGACCGCGGCGUCCAGCUCGGGAUCCAAUAUUAUGGAGUACGAAGGUUCGCCGCGGAGGUUCGGGUUGAAUCUGAACGACGACAGCUCGUCCUACUACAUCCCGUCCAGCUUCAAGCUCAACCUGACUUCCCCGUCACUACUGACACCGCCACGGCCGGGCUUCCCGCAGCGUAUAAUACCAUCGACCAAUCACAGUAGUACGAGCGCUGCCACAACUCCCACACCGACCGGCUGUAACAACAGCAACAGUAGCAGCCAUAAUUACCACCCGACGCGGUCACCCACACUGCUGGAGCAGGUCAGUUCCGGACUGAACAGUUCGGUGACCUUCGAUGCCAAUGCACUGCUGAGUGAGUUUGACGCCAAACGUGCCGCCGUGAGUGCGAGUACGAUUAGUGGCAACAACAACAGUAAUUCGACUCCACCGACCGAGCAGCCGGGGCUCAAUGUGAUACGGCUUGAGAGUGACUAUCGCCGUGGCGAUGAGUUCGAGCGACAGGGGGACAUCGCUAGGAAACGAUCUUCGCCGGAAAGUAAACCCUCGCUGGGACUGACCUGUACCACGGCAGAUGAUAAUCCGACUCUGGGAGCUGGUUCCUUCACGACGCCCAUUACCGCCUCGUCUACGUUCGAUUAUCUGUACGAGUUUUCCGAGACGCGCAAGGUGCUGGAGGAGUUUUUCAAGUGUCCCACCACCGAGGACGUGGAGCGGGCCUUCGAGAAGUUCAGUGACUACAACGAGAGCGGAGACGAUGUCGAGAGUUUGGACAUCCAAUAUGAGUAUCCGGCCGAACUGGACGGUAAAGCACUGGAGACGACCUACAUUGGGACCGCCGGCUCGGAGCAGCAAAAUACAAUGAUGACCAAUCCGAAUGAUGGUUGCGGUGGGGGUGGUGGUGGUAUAGGUUUGAGCAGUAGGCUUUCAGAGAACGCAGCAAAUGCAACAACGCGUACAUCGCCAAUCAAUAAUAAUAAUAACCGAGACGCCGACGGUGAUGUUGACGACGAGGUAAUCAUCAACGACGCGGAAGAGCUGGAUAACGGCGUCGAGGAUGGCGACGAGGAUGAUGAGGAGGAAGAAGACGAUGAGGACGAUGUGGAGGGAGGGUUUGGAAGUAAUUUAAAAUAUAUGAUCAACAUGAAAAGUAAACCACGGAUUAAAAACGGGUACAGCAGUUUUCGGAAGAAGAAACAGGAGAAAAAGAUGGCGAGUGGUGGUGGUGGUGGCGGCGCGAAUGUGUUGCCGGGAAACGCCACCGUUUCCGGCGGGAUAUGCGAUGAUAACGAAGAAGAGGACGAGGAAGAGAUCGAUAUUUACAGCGCCAAUCAUUACCAUCACAGUUUUCACCUGCAACAUCAGCGAUUGAAGCAACAAACUCAGGAACAGCAGCAGUCGAAUUUGAGCAGCGUGCGUCAGCAACAGCAGCAGCAGCAGCAAUAUCAGGACCAGGAACGAAAUUUCAGCAUCUACUUGGACCCUGGCAGUCGCGCCAGCAGUUGCGAUAUAAUUAACGAGAGCAACCUUGAACCAUCGCAGUUCAUAACCAAUGGCAAUUGGAAGAAAAUGAAGAGCAACGGCGGUGGCAACGGAAAGAAAUCCCUGUCCCGUCGGCACAGCAAGAACUUUAACUACUCACCGGAUACGACCGAUUACGAGAGCAAUUGCGGUGAUUACGAUAGCGAAAUUUCACUCAAGUACGGCAGUGACUUCAAUAUGAUGACUAACGGCGGAAACGGAAUUAUGUGCGAUGAACCUGCUAAUGGCGUUGUUUCCAGUUCCCAGCAGCAGCCCAUGGGCCACAACUCAACCGCAACGAUCAACGAGGGGAUGAACAAUGGUCCGCCACCGUCCGCUGGAGGAGGUAAUAAUUAUUCACGGUACUACACGAGCAUGCCGGUGCUCGAGGAUGGCCUCUCGAGUGGUCACGUCUCCGACACGGAAAAUAACAAUCCCGCUAUCUUGCCCACGCCCGAUUUGAUUAAUAGUAGCCACAAGCUGCUACCGGCGGCCACCAAUGCGUACAAUAUGCUCACUUCUUCCCCGGGUCAUCCAGUGAAGUCUAUAAACUCUUCACCGGUGAUAAAUAGCCACAAAAACAACAACAGCAACAAUAAUAAUAAUAAUAAUAAUAUUGAUGCACUGUAUGGGAACAACGGUUACCGGAUGAACGGUGCCCCGGGCGGUCUCAAUGCGAGUGCAAUUCAGAACAACAAAAUCUUCAAGAAUCGUGAUCCGGAGUUGGAGUCUCUGUAUACCAUAAACACCAUUCAAUCAACGCCUCCUCCGCCAGCGCCUGCCCCACACCGGAAGUCAUCGAUCGAUUGUGAACCCCAAGCGACUCUGCAGCAGCUACACAACCAGCAAACCGCAACUGACGUUCAGGCAGCCCUCAAAGAUAUACGCACUUGUCUGCAGCGCAAUAAAACUCUUGCCUCCCCGACGCAACCCCAACAGGGUUGCCAAAUGAUGCAACUACAACAUCAACAACAACAGCAGCAACAGCCACCCCAGCAGCAAACCACCGUGAAGAACUACGACAAGCAUACGACGAUGACAUCCGACAAGCUGGAAUCGCCAGUUCCUUCCAUUUCGCCGGUGUGGAUACCUCGCUCGCGCGACAAUAAACUAGUGGCACUCUCUCCAACUCCGGUCAACAGUUCUUCCCCGGGGCUGUUGCUACCAACGACGCCCACUACCGGCGGUCCGAACGAGAGGUCCGCAAACAAGGCAACAGAAAAAGACUCUCUGCUGCAUGGAACCAGCUCGAAGAAUCUAAGUGCUCUUGAUGACGAAGAGGAUCCCGAUACGGAUCUGGAGACUGAUAGAUUGCUGGGCCACCAGCGGUUGGACGAUCAAGGCUUCUAUGAUGACAAUAGCAAAAGUUGGUCCGAUCGGAAGACGACCCGAUCAUUGCUGCACAAGCUAUCUCCCAAACAGCAAACGGGAGCUGUGCCUGGCAGUGGCAGUGGAAGUACACUGUACGGCAACAAACCAACCAACCAAGGUUCGCUACUACGACAAGGCCUUUCGACGCUGCUAUCACCCACAAGUGCCAUGAUGGCUGCCCAACCACAAGUCAGCUCCCUGCCAGAAAUCGUGACUUCCAGCAAAGCCUCACCGGCCCUGCUUGGGGGGAAUGGAAACGGUCAGAGCCAGAACCUUAGCAUCAACAACAGUGGAAAUCUGAUCAAUUUGAGUGGUCCGAAUGAAACAUGUACAGUUUCGCCGGAUCAAAGUCACCAGACAUCACCGAUCAAGCUGGAAAAUAAGACCAAUGAAAGCGUCAGCCCGAAUGGAUCGAACAAUUCCAAGUCCGACACCGAUAAGAAGAAAAAAGGAAAGAACAAGGAGGUUCUUAUCGAAGGAGUUCUUUUCCGAGCCCGGUACUUGGGUUCUACCCAAUUAGUGUGUGAGGGUCAGCCAACUAAAUCCACGCGAAUGAUGCAAGCAGAGGAAGCAGUUUCCCGAAUCAAGUCUCCCGAUGGCGAACCCCAACCUAGCACCGAGGUGGAUUUAUUCAUUUCGACCGAGAAGAUCAUGGUGUUAAACACCGAUCUGAAGGAGAUCAUGAUGGAUCACGCGCUGCGUACAAUCUCCUACAUAGCGGACAUUGGCGACCUGGUAGUGCUGAUGGCACGGAGACGAUUCGUUCCGCAGGAUGUUGAUUCUGGGGACUCCGGCGGUGGCGGCGGUGGUAACAACACCAGCGGAGGUAACCUGUCGGGAACGAGUCAAACGGGCGCAACGCCACCGCAAAAGAGCACCACCGGUGGUCCGAAGGGCAAUCGAACGCCGAAGAUGAUUUGCCAUGUGUUUGAGAGUGAGGAGGCCCAGUUUAUUGCUCAAUCGAUCGGACAAGCCUUCCAGGUGGCCUACAUGGAGUUUCUGAAGGCGAACGGAAUUGAGGAUCACAGUUUCAUGAAGGAGAUGGACUACCAGGAGGUGCUCAACAGUCAGGAGAUUUUCGGUGAUGAACUUGAGAUCUUCGCAAAGAAAGAGCUACAGAAGGAGGUCGUCGUUCCUAAGGCGAAGGGCGAGAUAUUGGGGGUAGUUAUCGUUGAGUCUGGCUGGGGAUCGAUGCUACCGACGGUAGUAAUUGCUAAUUUAGCCUCGUCUGGAGCGGCGGCACGCUGUGGCCAGUUGAAUAUAGGAGAUCAAAUAAUCGCCAUCAAUGGACUGAGCUUGGUGGGAUUGCCUCUGUCCACCUGUCAAGGUUACAUAAAAAAUACCAAAAACCAGACAGUGGUAAAAUUUACAGUGGUGCCCUGCGCUCCGGUCGUGGAGGUGAAAAUCAAACGACCUAAUACUAAGUACCAGCUAGGAUUCAGCGUACAAAAUGGAGUGAUUUGUAGCUUGCUGCGAGGGGGAAUUGCCGAACGAGGUGGCGUUCGGGUAGGCCAUAGGAUCAUCGAGAUCAACAACCAGAGCGUUGUAGCAGUUCCUCAUGAGAAGAUUGUAAAUUUGUUGGCUACAUCAGUUGGAGAGAUCCUGAUGAAAACAAUGCCAACGUCUAUGUUCCGCCUGCUGACCGGUCAGGAAAAUCCAGUAUACAUCUAAACCCACGCAUCAUAGAAACCAUUGUUUGUUUUUGAUUGUUUCUGCUUCUCUUUUCUUUUAUUUGUGCUGGACAAGAUUUUUCACUUUUCAUACAGAAUAAACAAAAUACAUACUAAUAACUAAAGGAAAAUAAUAAUAAUAAUAAUAAUAAUAUGAUAAGCAUAAAUUCUACUAUUCAACUGUGAGAUUCUACUAAGACGAAGCGAGAGAACAAAUUGUGUUAUCUACUCUUACAAAUGAGACGAGAUGUAAUGUGUGAGAAUGCAGAUGAUGAUAAACUUGUAUUGGAAUUAAUUCACGCCUUGGCCUUGCAGUUAUAAUUGAAUACAACAACAAGAACAACAACAACCACGAAAGUGAAAGUGUCGAACCUAAGAACUAAGAAUUCGUUUCUUUCCAUAGAAUGUGAAAAAGAUACACAGUCACGGCUUUUUGUACUAGGAUGAGCGAACACUAAGUAAGUAAAGUGAAGCAUACAAAUAAAAAAAUAGUGGAUAACUGAAAAAACAACAACAACAAAAACUACGCCGUGCAAUGCUAACCAAAGAAAACAUUAAUAAUGAAGAGAAUGCUUUGAGGAGAAUUAGCGAACAGAACAAAAAUUAAACCAAAAAUUGAAAAGGUCACAUACACUAUCACACAAACGAAAAGGAAAACAUAUAUAUUUUUUGAAAUUGUUUAACGAUAACCCGAACUUAUCGAGACGGUGAAAAAAACUGAUUAUUUCAAUUUCGAUAACUGAAAUAGACCUUUGGCGAAUUGUAAAAAAAAGUGUAGUUCUGGAAAACAAAUCAAAGCGGAACGUGCGCAACAAUAGUUCGAUCAACAGAAACAUGCGCCCAUAUUGAAUUCCGAAUUCCGAGCGUUUGACAGGGAUUCGAAAAACGCAAGCAAACAAAGAAUUGGUUCAUUUACAUGCCAACUCACUGCUUCUUCUCUACUCAAAACUAUCCUUUCCCAUAGUUGACAGAGUUUCUAUUAUAUUUUUCUAAGCGAUUUGUACCGCUCCGAAUUUCUUCUUAGUAGCAGAGAUGUAAACCUGAAUAGUGCACACUAACAGAUGAAAGUCCAUAUAUUGUAAAUCAUCUCUACGCGUUUAUACGGUGCGAGCAGAAGGAUGAAAAUGAAGCUUUUUGAUAUAUAGGUUAUAUAUAUAUGUACAUGUAGAUAGGUUUUGCUGAAUCAGGAUAGUAGACAGAAACACAUUAGACCGUCCCUGAGAAUAAAAUAAAAAAAAUCAGAACCACAGAAGGUAUAGAAAGCCACCCUUUUCCCUUAUAGAAUCAAUCGAGCUAGAAUCAAAAUAAAGAAAAUCUACUGUUUUGUUGAUAAUUAUGAUGCUUACAACUCACAAUCGCUUCUUUGCUAACAUAUCAGCUGCUGGGAGCGACUUUUGAUAGUUUCGGAAUCUUUUUCAACAAAUUUCUUUUGUCAUAUAUAAAAAAUAAAGUGUGUGAUUCCAAUUAACCUGCAUUUUAGAGCGAAAGAAAACUAUUUACAUAGAUUGAAUCGAACCACACCUAACAUGCUUUUGCCUGAUAAUCAACCGAAAGUCCGUAAUUGUUACUCUUGUGUGCUUGGGCUCUACUGUAAACAGAGAGUGAUUAAAGCGCCUUUUCCUUUCUUUGACGCAUUUAUGUCGAUGUAGAAAUGUGCUUCAUUUAACCACACCUAUUGUACCGUCUAAAUGUCCUGUUUGAAUGAAUGUUUUCAUUUUAUAGAAAUCAACCAAAUACAAACAAAAAAAAAAACACAGUAAAAUUAUUGUACGAUCAUCAUCGGAAUGCGGAAAACUAAUUUUCAGGAAGAAGAUAGCAACAUAAACAAACGACAGUCGUCCCCUAUGUAGUAGAACAAAAACAAAAUAAUAAAACAACAAAAGAGAAUCCCUAACAAAAAUGCACUUUUUAUGCGCCACUCACCCGCCCGCUAUAGGAUCAAAGGAAACAACAAACUCUCAACAGAUAGUCUAGAAAUAAUCAUAGUUUAUCAAUUAUUUAAAUCUUAAUGAACAGACAUAAUGAAAAAAUCAGACAAACAAACAAAAGAAUUAGUCUGCUGAUGAUACAAACGACAAGAAGUAUUUACAACACUAUUGAAGCAAAAGAGGGAAUGCAAACAAACGCAGUUUAUCCGUUCGCGACGAACAGCGCGAACAUUUGGCAAGUGAUAUUGUACUGAAAAAGGUCUUUGAACAAAGGUGUGCUUUGGGAUCAGCUGAGGGAAAAAACAAACGAGCAUCGCGAGGGAGUAGAAUACGCACUCGAUGUCCGCACUAAUUCAGAAAAACACAAAAAACACAAGCAACAAGCAGGCAAAUGAGAAACUAGCGAACAAAACUAGAAACUACUGAGGCGAAGAAAGAGAGAGAGAGAGUGCGACGUUUAAAAAAAAAUUGUGGAAGGAGGAAUGGAUAAUGAAACAAAACACUAAUGUAAUUAUUGCUAAAUAAAACUAUAACACCUAUUACGGGAAAUGUAUAUUUAUUCCAAUAACAA